AUGGAGCCCGCGCAACAACCCCUCAGUGACCAACAAGUCGUCAAUGGCGCUCUAUCUGAACUUGAAGAGCUCUCAUUGCCUCAUCCUGCCGUUGCCCUACUUCGUUUAUUCAUAUUUGAAGCUCUCGAUGAACGGGCAGCCGCAGAAUAUCUGCAAUCAAGAAUCUUCUCUGCCGAGGAGGCGUACCGUCUUGCUUCGGAUUGGGCCUACGUCGUAGAAGCUGUCUCACGUAAUGGAACUAUGCCACAGCCACCAGACGUUGCUGAGAGCCGCCGCAUCUCUCAGCGCGACGGACAUGUCUGCUGUGUUUCUGGCCUACGGGGCACCUUUUGGGACCCCCUGAUUGUGUCCCCUGUUUUGGCGAUACCCGUCGACUGGAUCAGACAACGGGACCGCGUGGUACCAAUGUUGACGGCCUUCUUCGGGGCAUGGUACCUAAAUUGGUGGCUACAUUACAUCCAGGAGCCCACCCUGUUGAAGCCGGAACACAACCACUGGCUGGUUCGCCGGAGCGUCGCGCAGGCUCUCCGAUCUGGCCGCGUCAGGCUUGACAGAGCACAGCCAUCCAUGACAGAGUUUGUCGUGGACCCUGUGAUUAUCGACACAAGAAAGCCCAUCCAGAUCAAGGGCUUGUUGGCGCUUCUCGGUGACCAUUCGCGAGCUGGCAUCAGCAAGGUUGAUGCCCGCUUGAUUGGAACCCAUGCCAGAUUCAGCAAAAGCAUCCAAAUCAUCAACCUCGCCAGAGAAACGGCGCCGGGCCUAUCUAAUCCUCUGUUGCCAUUACACUAUGUGUCGCACACCCCCACACUGGUACCCCUCAAGCCAUGGCCUGGACGAUUCCAGCUUACAUCCAUCCUUACAACACCGCUCUUCCGAAUGUGGCUCUUGUUUCCUAGACGACUCCGUCGGCUCGCAUACGAAGCCCUUAGACAAUUGGGCGCGUACUUGUACGGCGUUACCGCUGGACACGCCUCCGUACAGAAGCUGCCUUUUGGCCUCUUUCUCAAGUAUGGCGGCACGUUCGAGUGGGCCGAGAACGAAUUCAAUGCUCUCCGAACCGUUAGACGACACACCACCCUGACGGUCCCAAAGGCACUCGAUCUGGUGUCCGAAGUCGUCAGCUACACAAACGGCUGGGGCUACCAGGAUAGGGGUCCCAAGACGUACCUCAUCAUGACCGAACUUCCCGGCGCACCACUUUCGCAGUGCAUCGACGCCAUCUCCGACGACAACUACCAGCUCCUCGCCCGCCAGCUCCAAGACGCCGUCUCCCAGCUGCGCCAGAUCCCCAGCGUCAAUCCCGCCCUGCCCAUCUGCAACACGCUCGGCGCCGCCUGCCGGGAGCCUCGCAUCCGCGACUGGGCGCCCCUCGGACCGUAUGCCGACGAGGCUGCCUUUAGCCAGAACCUGCGCUUCCCGGACGACCCGGCCCGGCGCGGGCACCGCAUCGUCUUUACGCACGCUGAUCUGAACGCGCGCAACAUCAUGGUCGACCAGCGCAAGACGCCCGACGGGCGUCUGGAAUGGGCCGUGGUCGGCAUCGUCGACUGGGAGACGGCAGGCUACUACCCAGAGUACUGGGACUGCACCAAGUCGCUGUUUGAGGGGUUUCGCUGGCCGAAGCGCCACAAUGACGUGAUGAAGAGCGUGUUUGCCGCGAUGGGCGACUACACGGCGGAAAUGGACGUCGAGCGCCGGGCCUGGGAAUCUGGCGAUGGCGUGUAG